AUGGCUGCAUCUAUUAUGGAUAUGUAUCUAAUACUUUCCAAAAACGAUCUUUCUUCCGGCAUGGAUAAUGGAUUACGAAUCUUAUUCUCAGUUCUAUACGGUGUCACAGCUCUCGUUUCAUUCUUUGGCAUAGUCGGAUCGUUGGUGUCAAAUCGUCGUGCAGUUCGUCUUUUCUCGAACGUCCUGUGGUUCAUUGUAAUUGUCAGCCUUGUGCUUAGAGUUGCCACCGUCGUCGAGAUGUUCCAACACAAACAAGAGCUUAUUGACAGUUGUGUAGGGAAUGCUACUUCAGCUGUCGGGAAUCAAUUAAGCAACAUCACCGGUGCUACAAACAACACCAUUAUCGGAAAUAGCGUUAACGACACUGCAGGAGAUAUCACUAAUACGUUUUACUUCGCAGGAGUAACGCACCGUUUUGCCCGACAACUCGAAUCUGAAUUCCGUCAUCAUAAGCUCAAAAAUCACACUGGAUACAGAGGAGCGCGGCCGUCGAGUAGUCGAACUUCGGUUGCAAUGUCGAGUGUAUGA